AUGCCCUUUACGGACAUCUUUCGAAGAGCAUCUACUUACAUUUUGCGCACUGAAGAGGAAAUGUUGAAGGAGGAGCCUUACGAGGAUAAUGAAAUUUUGUUCUGCAAGAAUAAUGUUUGCGUUCAUCCCCCUGCCACCGCUAGACAGGAUACCGAUAUUCUACAUAAUCCUGGUUAUUUAACUAUCACAACUAAAGUUUUUGUUGAUCAAUACACAGAAAGCAAAAGACCCACGUUGUUUUUGACUUGGCUACCCAACGCAGCUUUGUCAAAAUACCCGACCACGUUACAAAACUCAUUAAGUUUAAAAAGUUACCAUAAACAAACUAGCAUGGAGAGUUUGGCUUCGAAUGAUUCCAGUAGUAGUUUUUACGAAAGACCUGCUAGUAUUGAGUUGAAAAGUACAAACCCCUUCCUUAACUUCGACGAAAAAUUAGACCGGGAUACAAGCGAUUCUAUAUCUUCGGAAGAUAGCGACAAACAAGGAACGAUAAUCAACAUAAACGUCGAUAUAUCCAACCCAGAAAUAGAAAUUAUAACCACACCAGAUUCAGUUAAGGAUAUACACGAACAUUUUGAAUUCUCUCGGUCAGCAUCUAUCACCUCCAGUGACAGCCAGUUUCACUGGAUUACAACUCCAGAGUUCUUAGCACAAAAACACAAUUUAAUUUUCCCAGAGUCAACCAAUAACUCACCCAUAUUGCCAUCGAAGAGAAACAACCACGUGUGUAGAAGAUUCAGUGUGGAUUUAAGUCAAAUGAGAUCUCUUAGAUUGUUUUUUAACGAUAACAGUUGCACAUGUGGACAGCUAGUUGUUGCGUCAAGGGAGUCUCAAUAUAAAAUCUUGCAUUUUCAUCAUGGAGGACUAGAUCAUCUUGCUCAAGUGUUACACCAGUGGCACUCGUUGCUGCAUAACAUAAAAUUAGCAAAAGGCUGUGAAGAUAACUUGCCGUAUCGCCAUUUUAUGGUUUGUAGACCAGAAGUUUCCGAUUUGGAAUUGCACCCUGAAGAAGGACAAGUACCAAAGUUAAGCGAAGAAAUAUUUAGGAGCUUAUUUAACGAAUGCGGACAACUGGAAGAUGAUUUAACUCUGAGAAAAUACCUUUUCUUUUCUGGAAUGGAUAGAACUAUAAGAAAAGAUGUUUGGCCAUUUUUGCUACAUGUUUAUCCAUACCAAAGUACUUUUGAGGAAAGAAGUCAAAUCGUGGAACUAAGAAGACAAGAAUACGAAGAAAUAACUAGAAGGCGUCUGGAUUUAAAUGAAAAUCAACAGAAUCAAUUCAGAAGGAAAGUACAAAGUGUUGUAGAAAAGGAUGUAGUGAGGACUGAUAGAGGGAAUCCUUUCUUUUCUGGAGAUGAUAAUCCUAAUUUGGUUAUUAUGAAGAAUAUUUUGUUAAACUAUGCUAUAUACAAUUCUGGAUUAGGUUACACCCAAGGCAUGAGCGACCUAUUGGCCCCAGUCCUAUGCGAACUGAAAGACGAAGUAGCAGCCUUCUGGUGCUUUGUAGGACUCAUGCAAAGGGCCGUAUUUGUGGCCACACCCACCGACAGAGACAUGGACAGAUCCCUGCGGUACCUCCGAGAACUUAUCCGCCUAAUGGUGCCCCGAUUCUACGUGCAUUUGGAAAAGCACAAGGAUGCCAUGGAGUUGCUUUUUUGUCACCGGUGGAUUCUGCUUUGUUUCAAGAGGGAGUUUACCGAAGCGGUUGCGUUAAGGAUGUGGGAGGCUUGCUGGGCGAACUAUUUGACUGAUUAUUUUCAUUUGUUCCUGUGUUUGGCGAUCAUAUGCGUAUAUGCCGACGAUGUUAUUGCUCAAGAUUUGAGAGCUGAUGAGAUGUUGUUGCAUUUUAGUUCACUAGCAAUGUAUAUGGACGGUCUUGUGAUAAUAAGAAAAGCCAGAGGAUUACUACAUCAAUUUAGGCAGCUUAGAGAAAUUCCGUGUACUUUAACAGGACUUUGCACAAGAUGCGGCCCAGGCAUAUGGGACAGCUCACACAGUCCCAGAAUUUAUUGUGAAGGGCACGAAAACCAUGGAUUUUGCAGCAAUUGUAUUAAAUAA